UUCGUUCGGUGCAAGAUGAUCGUUCGUGACUGUAGUGCAUUGAUGCUGAUCGUCAUUGGUGGUGGCUUUUGUUUUCCACAGACAGCCCAACAACCCAUUGGGGAUCAGUUGUUAUCCACUAGUCUGUUUCAGUUGAUAGAAUUUUAUAAGCAACCCGACCCGAUAGGGUUACCAAUCGGAUCGACGCUGGACCCGAUGCCGAUUCCUCCGUUCAAACAUUCAAUCGCUCUGGCAAAUAUGCACAUGCAAGAUGUUCAGACACACGGAUUGUCCAAGCUGAGAGUUCGACUCUUUGGUGUAAACCUCAACGAAAUGUGCCUCCGCGCUCAGGUUCACAUGGAGGAGCUUGUGAUUAAUGGUACCUAUACACUGAGUUCAUUGUUUCAAAGUUCGAGUGGUUCGUUCCGGGUGCUGCUUGGCAAUGCUGUGACUUCAGGUAACGUGAGUCUCAUUGUUGACUACGAUGGUUUUCUACGCACCAAGAAUAUCGAGCUCGAUUUUGGCUUCGAAGCGAUGUCUAUGCACUUUGAGAAUCUAGGAUUUAUGGGUCGCCUAUUCCAGCGGUUAGUAAACUCUGCUCCAAACACGGUAACCGAUAUGAUUAAGCCGUUCUUGCUGCAAGAGGUUAACGUCAAAAUACAACAAGAGAUCGACGGUCAACUUGCGGAACUAAUGGAGCAGCGUGGUAUUUCCUUCGCAAAUUCAGUUCCACCGGUGGAUACGCUAAUUGCUGAAGCCCGAUUGUUGCUGAAACGGAAACAGUACGAUCCCUACUUUAUUCCAGAUUACAGAAAUUCAGCUGGUAUACUAGGGGUUCAUUUGUCACAUACGUGGCUUCGAGGAUUAGCUAGUUUCUACCGAAGCGAUGAAAUUGAUGUUACUGUACGGAAUCACACCGCAGAACUGGUGCUGCAUAUGAGUACGAGUCGACUGGAGGGUUCUACGCAGUGGGAAGUUUCUGUGAUUCGGGAGAGUUUCGCACGCUCCGGAAUGGUUCAAUUUUCGGUUGAGUUUGUUCGUGUUGAACUUCAGGUGCAACAGCCAUUGGAUCUGCGAAGAAACCCCAGCCUGAUAGACCUUCAGCUUGAGAUAGGCAACAUUCAGAUACAUUGCCUGGGAGCCGGAACGCUCGACUAUUUGAUUGAGGCGGGAGUUAAUAUCUUGCCAAAUUUGCUACGAUACCAAAUUGCGGACGCAAUCGAAGGACCGCUAAAAGCGAGAAUUCGGGAAAAAUUUGAGUGCAUGAACAUGGAACAGUUUGUUAAACAGCAUGUGGCGGAUUUUGAGCGACGGGGCGCGAAUUUCCACAUUGACUGGCGGAUGUGUGAGAGAAAAAUUCCUGAGUAUUAG